GGAGGGAGGAAGGGAGGGGAGCGCGGCCGAUUUGAAUCGAGCGGCGGUUGGAGCGGGAGAAGCGGGAGAAGGUUCCAGAAAGAAGCGGGAAAGGCGUUGCAGCUGACCAUGUCCGGCCCCCCGAAGAAGCCAGCCCAGCGCCAGGUCCAGGUGGUCGUGCGGCUUCGCCCUUACCAGCUUGACGAGGACGGCCAGCGCCAGGGCGCUUGCGUGCGCGGCGUCGACACCCGCACGCUGGAGAUCGUCAACUGGAGGAACCGGUCCGAGUCCGUGCACUACAACUUCGAUGCUUUUUAUGGUGAUGACUCCUCUCAGCAGGAAAUCUACAUGGGCUCGGUCAAGCCCAUCUUGUCACACGUGCUGAAUGGACAGAAUGCCAGUGUGUUUGCCUAUGGACCCACGGGUGCAGGUAAGACCCACACCAUGCUGGGUAGUCCCGAGCAGCCCGGAGUGGUCCCUCGUGCCCUGCUCGACAUAUUCCGCAUGAGCCGGGAGCAGAGUGAUCAGCUGAGUGGCCCCUCCUGGAGAUUCGCCAUCACUAUGUCUUACCUGGAGAUCUACCAGGAGAAGGUACUGGACCUGCUGGAGACCAGGCACCAGGACCUGCCGAUCCGUGAGGACAGAGAGAAAAACAUCUUCAUCCCCAACCUGACGCAGCAGCCCGUCAGCAGCUUUGUGGAGUUCGAGCAAUUCUUCUUGCCAGCCACAGAGAAACGCACCACAGCCAGCACCAAGCUGAAUGGUCGCUCCAGCCGCAGCCACUCGGUGCUGCUCAUCAAGGUGGUGAAGUUGGAAACUGUGUCUCCGUUCCGACAGCUGACUGGGAAACUCUACCUCAUUGACCUGGCCGGCUCUGAGGAUAACCGCAGGACCGGAAACCGGGGCAUUCGGUUGAAGGAGAGUGGAGCCAUUAACACCUCACUCUUUGUGCUCAGUAAAGUGGUGGAUGCCUUAAACCAGGGUCUGGGCCGGGUUCCCUACAGGGACAGCAAACUAACGCGCCUGCUGCAGGAUUCGCUGGGUGGUACAGCUCACAGUGUAAUGAUCACUAACAUUGCCCCAGAAUAUAAACACUACUUCAAUACACUCACCGCACUCAACUUUGCAGCAAAAUCCAAGCUUGUGGUAAAUCGCCCCUUCACACAGGAGACUAUUCAGCCCAUAGGCCUGCGCCCUCCAAAGCGACCCAACGAGGAUCCUCCAUCAAGUUCACAACUGACAGCCAAGAUUUCAAAAUCAGAUGAUUCAGACAAGAGUGGUGGAGCUGAGGAACUGUCACUCAGCCCUUUGCUGAAGCCAGGAGACUUUGACCCGGAGGCUUAUGACCCUGAUGUGAUGGAACGCCUUUCCAACCUGGAGAACAUGCUGAGAAAGUAUGGAAAGUCUGGCCUCCCACUGCUGGGAACUCCCAAAGAGGAGCGUCUGCAGCUGCUCAAAAAACUGGAGGAAAGCCGACUGCAAAUACAGAAACUGGAGCAGAGGCAGAAGGAACUGGAGAAAGCUAUCAGUGCUCAGGAGACAGCAGCAGAUGACGCUGAGAGUCGGGACAUGCUAUUCAAGAACAGUCGGCUGGCAGCCCUGCGCAAAGGCUCUGUGGCAAAGCAGAGAAAACAGGCUAUUGUGACACCACUGCAACGUUUGGAUAACAGCGAGCUGCUUAAACCGGGCAAUGUGAUUGUAGUGAAGAGAAAGGAGAAGCAGGACGUUGGUGAUGUGGAGAACGAGUUUGAGCUGAGUGUGGAUAUGGAACUGGCACAGAAACACAAGGAUUACAUCCUCGACAUUCUCAAUAAUGGAACCCUGAAGGAGCUAAAGACCCUCCAGAGGAUUGGGGACAAGACCGCCAAACUGAUCAUGGGCUGGAGAGAGCACAAUGGACCUUAUACGCAGAUCGAGGAUCUGGAGAAGAUUGGUAUGUCAUCAAAAACCCUGUCCACAUUCAUGAAGGCAAACGUGGUGAGCUGCAUGGUGAAGUGAGCUCCUUGUGUGAGGACAGGUCAAAGCGUCUCCCCUCAGCUGAGCUUCAAACUCUCAGCAAGUUGUCUCCAGGUCUCUUUCGUUCAUCGUGCUUGCCUGAGACUGAUAUGUUUUUAGAACCCUUUCUGUGUGUUUGAAAAUGUCAAUCUCCUUCCCCCACCAGCCAGAGAAGAUUGUAGAUGUGAGCAUGGACUGAGAGGUUCUAGCGGCUGAACCUGGGGGGAGGCGGAAACAGUGAUAGAUUAAUCCAAAUCCAACAGCCUGUAUGAGAGACAUGUCCAGUCUAGACUUCUCUCGCUGUGUGUGUGUGUGUGUGUGUGUGCAGACUGCUGCUCUAUCCUCAUACUGGUCCGUGUCCCACAGGCUGUGUGAGAGACAUGUCCAGUCUAGACUUCUCUCGCUGUGUGUGUGUGUGUGUAGACUGCUGCUCCAUCCUCACACUGGUCCGUGUCCCACAGGCUGUGUGAGAGACAUGUCCAGUCUAGACUUCUCUCGCUCUGUGUGUGUGCAGACCUGCUGCUCUAUCCUCACACUGGUCCGUGUCCCACAGGCUGUGUGAGAGACAUGUCCAGUCUAGACUUCUCUCGCUGUGUGUGUGUGUGUGUGUGUGUGUGUAUAGACUGCUGCUCUAUCCUCACACUGGUCCGUGUCCCACAGACUGUGUGAGAGAUAUGUCCAGUCUAGACUUCUCUCGCUGUGUGUGUGUGUGUAGACUGCUGCUCUAUCCUCACACUGGUCCGUGUCCCACAGGCUGUGUGAGAGACAUGUCCAGUCUAGACUUCUCUCGCUGUGUGUGUGUGUGUAGACUGCUGCUCUAUCCUCACACUGGUCCGUGUCCCACAGGCUGUGUGAGAGACAUGUCCAGUCUUGACUUCUCUCGCUCUGUGUGUGUGCAGACCUGCUGCUCUAUCCUCACACUGGUCCGUGUCCCACAGGCUGUGUGAGAGACAUGUCCAGUCUAGACUUCUCUCGCUCUGUGUGUGUGUGUAGACUGCUGCUCUAUCCUCACACUGGUCCGUGUCCCACAGGCUGUGUGAGAGACAUGUCCAGUCUAGACUUCUCUCGCUCUGUGUGUGUGCAGACCUGCUGCUCUAUCCUCACACUGGUCCGUGUCCCACAGGCUGUGUGAGAGACAUGUCCAGUCUAGACUUCUCUCGCUCUGUGUGUGUGUAGACUGCUGCUCUAUCCUCACACUGGUCCGUGUCCCACAGGCUGUGUGAGAGACAUGUCCAGUCUACACUUCUCUCGCUGUGUGUGUGUGUGUGCGUGUGUGUGUGUGUGUGUGUGUGUGUGUGUGCGCACAGACUGCUGCUCUAUCCUCACACUGGUCCAGGCAAUGAGCCUGUGAAUCAGGGGAGAGUUGGUGCAAAGCCACACUGUUGCCUUGCAGUUUAAAACUUCCCACUGGCCCAUGCAAUCAAUGUUUCAGAACAAUCUUUUUAUUAGUUAAAGCAUGACCGUGCUCAAAGCCAGCAUUGAGCUGAAACAAAUUUAGCUGAGCGUUCUGGAUUCCCAUCUUGGCCCUUAUUGUAACAUAUGACCGCCACCGAAUUUUAAAUAUUAACUCUUCUCUGUGUGAUGUAUUGCAAUAAAAGCUGUGUUUAAUUGUUGUACAAUAAACAUCCAGUGAAA